AUGUCUUCUGGAGCGGCCUCCCUCAAGGAGAAGCCGCUUGAUCCCGCCGUUGAGUUGCCGGCGGACAACGGCCACAGCUCCGAUUCACAGCUCGAAGCCGGUGCACCGACUGCCGCGCCAGCAGAACCUGAUCAGAAUGCAUCACCAAGAAACAUUCACGGUGUUAUUUGGGCCUUGGUUGUCGUUGCCAUUCUAUCCAGCAUUUUCCUCUACUCCCUCGACAACACAGUCGUCGCCGACAUCACACCAGCCGUGGUCAACAAUUUUGGCGAUGCGCUCAAGCUACCAUGGCUGUCUGUUGGUUUCCUCCUCGGUGGAGCAGCAGUCGUCCUCCCCUUCGGCCGCCUGUACGGCCUCUUCGACGCUAAAUGGCUGUACAUCCUCUCCUCCAUCCUCUUCAACGUCGGCUCUGCCCUUUGCGGUGCAGCUCCCAACAUGGACGCCCUCAUCAUCGGCCGUGUCCUUGCCGGCAUGGGCGGCAAUGGCAUGUACCUCGGUGUCAUGACCCUUCUCUCCGUCAAUACCUCCGACCGCGAGCGCCCCGGGUAUCUUAGUUUCGUCGGUCUGGUCUGGGGUAUCGGCACGGUUUUGGGACCCGUGGUAGGCGGUGCGUUUGUUGAGUCACCGGCGACGUGGAGGUGGGCGUUUUACAUCAACCUUUGUGUCGCUGGUCUAUUCGCCCCGGUCUACCUCCUUUGGAUCCCGAACUUCAAACCUCGUGCCGGGACCAAGACCCUGACGCUUGCCAAGGAGUUUGACUGGGUCGGAACUGUGCUUAGCAUGGGAGCCAUCACGGCCUUGAUCAUGGCUACCAACCUCGGUGGCGCGCUUUAUGCCUGGGACAGCGGGCAGAUCAUCGCGCUUUUUGUCGUGGCGUUCUCGCUCUUUAUCCUUUUUGGGAUCCAACAAACCUACACCAUCCUGACCAACCUGACCUCGAGGAUCUUUCCCAUCCAGUUCAUGAGGAACUGGAACGCGGUGCUGCUUUUUUGCUGCGCUGCGGCGGUGAACACGGCUGGCUUCGUGCCGAUUUACUAUGUCCCGCUGUAUUUCCAGUUCACGAGGGGCGAUAGUGCUAUCACGGCGGCGGUGAGGUUGUUGCCGCUUAUUUUUGUGCUGAGCGCUGCUAUUCUUGCGAAUGGGCAUUUGAUGGCGAGGUUUAGUUACUUCCAGCCGUGGUAUGUUUUUGGGAGUGUUUUGACGUUGAUUGGCGGGGUUUUGAUGUCUCGCAUCACGACCGAGACGCCUGAGGGUCAGAUCUACGGCUUCGAGAUUCUGCUUGGUAUUGGUACCGGUUGCUUUAUCCAGGCCGGGUAUGCUGUUAUCCAAGCUGUCACCCCGCCAGCGGACAUGGCGUAUGCGAUCUCGUUCAUGAUGCUGGGUCAGUUGGGUGGUAUCGCGUUGGGUCUUGCGAUUGCUGGUGCCAUCUUUGUCAAUGACGCUAUCAAGAAUCUGAUUGUGGUCCUGCCUGAUGCGACACGGGAGCAGCUUCAGAUGGCCAUCUCGGGGACCAGUGGCGAGUUCUUCAGCUCUUUGGCCCCUGGGGUGCGUGCUGCGGCCACGGAUGCGAUUGUUGUCGCGCUGAGGCAGGUGUUUAUUCCUGUUUAUGUUGCGGCUGCUUUUAGUUUGGUGCUGUCGGUGUGCUUUACUCAACGGAAGAUGUUUGGUAAUAUUCAGGCCAUUGCGGCGUAA